CUUGACAACCGACUCCGCAGGUGAACAGACUUGUGUCUUACAAUCGGAACUGAUUCCCUCAAUUUUUCUUGCAGCUUGUUAGUUUUCCUACGUGAUCUAGUAAUAAAUAAACGGUUGUUUAGAGCAAACAGAAGCCUGUGUCACCUGCUGGUCAGUUAAAAAAAAAAUAGCAAUAAAAUAAAUUUAAAAAAAAUAUAAAAAUAAGAAACAUGGAGCCAACUGUAGCUGAAUUCUUUGUCGGCAAGAAAAUACUUGUAACGGGUGCAACUGGAUUCUUAGGGAAAGUACUGGUGGAGAAGCUACUGCGAUGUUGCCCUGAUUUGGAUAAGUUGUAUUUAAUGGUGCGCCCUAAAUCGGGACAACCCCCACAGCAGCGAAUAAAGGACAUGCUUGAUUGUCAGCUCUAUGAUAAAGUUCGAAAAGAAAACCCGGACGGAUUGAAUAAAAUAGUUGCUAUCACCAGUGAUAUGCUAGAGCCAAAUCUUGCAUUGACAGAAGAAGAUCGAGAAUUGCUACAAAAAGAAAUCAACAUAGUUUUCCAUGUUGCAGCAACAAUAAAAUUUGAUGAAAAAAUGAAACUCUCCUAUCGCCUGAACGUCAAAUCCCUUCAAGAGAUUAUCACACUUUGCAAAGAAAUGAAAAAUUUAGAGGUAUUAGUACACACUUCCACUGCAUAUUGUAAUUGUGACAGACAGUUCAUCGAGGAGAAGAUAUAUCCUCCUCCAUUGGACCACCAAAAACUUUGUCAAGCCAUGGAGUGGAUGGAUGAUGAGAUGUUUCACUUAAUAACUCCUAAGUUAAUCGAUCAGAGACCAAACACCUACACAUUUACUAAAGCAAUUGCAGAGUAUGUGCUCGCUGAGGAAGGAGCCGGUCUGCCUGUCGCAAUUGUCAGACCAUCUAUUGUUGGAGCAUCUUGGAAAGAACCGAUGCCUGGUUGGAUUGACAAUUUUAAUGGGCCAAGUGGUGUCUUUAUCGCUUGUGGUAAAGGUUUACUGCGGAGUAUGAGAGCAGAUCCCAAUGCAGUCGCUGAUGUGGUACCAGUCGAUAUACCAGUGAAUGUCAUGAUUGCUUCAGCCUGGUACACUGCCAUUAAAAAGCCCUCAUUAAUACCAGUGUACAAUGUCACAACAGGUGGGAUUAAUCCCUUUAGAUGGGGAGAGAUGGAAGCCGUAGUUCCAUCCUUAUUUAAACGAUAUCCACUACAGAAUGCGUUUAGACGACCUUCAACUAGUGUCACGCAAGGAGCAGUGGUACAAGAGUAUUGGAACAUAGUUUGUCAUACCAUACCAGGUUACUUCUAUGAUUUUCUACUCAGACUUACAGGGCAAAGACCCAGAAUGGUACGUAUCUAUGAUAAAAUGAAGAAAGCAAUGGCGACCCUGGAAUACUUUACAACAAACACCUGGGAAUGGGCAAACGAAAACACAGAGACAUUAUCACGUGCACUCACUAAAGAAGACAAUAAGGUAUUCUUCACCGACGUUCGUCCUCUUCAUUGGCCCACCUACCUGGAGAACUACUGCCUGGGAACGAAAAAAUACGUUCUCAACGAGGAACUCUCCGGUCUUCCACAGGCUCGUGCACACCUGAAGAGACUUCGCAACAUCCGAUACACUUUCAACACGCUCCUGUUUGUUGUGAUUUGGCGGUUCCUGAUUGCCCGAUCUCAAAUCGCACGAAACCUGUGGUACUUUGUCACAAAUCUCUUCUUCAAGUUUGUCCAAUACUGCAGAUUAACCAGCUCAACAAGUUAAACAAUUUGAGUAACAUAAAAACUCUAUUCACUCGAAUAUAUUAAAUUGUCAAAACCAAUUCAUCAUGAAUGAUGGAGUGAGAUAGUAGGCGGGUUCUACUCCGCUAUCAUGAAUGGUGAAGUCAGAUGUUCAGUAUUCAAGAUUGAUAUACUUGGUGGGUACCACACCCCUGUCAUGCAUGGUUGUGUCCCAGCUCAGUAACAUAAAUAGUGAAGUCUGAUAAUUAAUAUACAAGAUUGAAUUUGGAUGAGUCCCAACUCCCUCCUAUCAUGACUAUUUGGGUUGAUUAAUAGGGUUAAUUCUUAAAUCACUGGGUGGGUUAAUAAGGUUAAUUCUUAAAUCACUGGGUGGGUUAAUAGGGUUAAUUCUUGAAACAGAGGGUGGGUUAAUAGGGUUCAUUCCUAAAUUAAUGGAUUUGUUAAUGAGGUUAAUUCUUAAAUCACUGUACACUGUCAAAUCUUUUCUUUUAACUGCCUUAUAGUAACAGGCCGUUACGGUAUGUUGCGUUAUGAUGUACCAGUAUUGGUAUGACACACGCGUACAUUAAAUACUUCACGGAUACUUAAUGUAAAGAAAUUUUUUCAACAUUACCUUCAUCUUGCAUAAAUUGUGAUGUUCUGAAUUUACAAGAUCAAAGUUGGUCACAUGAACACAAUGCAGCGCAACUUUGCAAUGAUGAUGUUUCAACGCUAGAAAGUGAAAUUGAAUUGCAUUGUCUUUCAAUAUGACAACUCGUUGUCAUUCUGUCUGGGAAGUCAACGCAGGUAAUGAUUUGUUGUUUUUUACGAAAUUAUCAUGUUCAUUUAUUUGAAUUUUAUACAAAAUUUGAAGACAAAAAUUGUAAUACUAUUAAUUCACGUUGUGUGCUUAUAUAAUUUUUACCUGGACCCAUCGCCUCAUAUUUAUUAUUGUUGUUCGCUAAAGGUUAUUCUGUACUUGAUCAUGAAUUUUUUGAGCAAUAUUUCAAAAUAUCCUUCAUGCACGAGGUAUACUUUAUUAUUCAAAAUAUAAUUACAAUUUGUUACUCUUUUUUUUUUUGUUCCCAAUACCUCUUUGUAAAUACUUCCAAUUUCACUUAAUGUAUGCGAUUUAAAAAAAAAAAUUGAUUAUUGGUAAAAGCCAGUGUGGCCAUAGAUUUUUCCCCCACUGUGACUGCAGCUGACAUCAUAAAUAAUGGGUUUAUAUAAUCAUGUAUUAUAACUUGUCAACUCUAAAUGGUGGAUGUCAUUUUUUAACUACACCAGAUUAAUAUUCAUCUUUUCUCCCUUGUGGAUCUCCGGCAACUGCUCAGAGUAGAGAACUGAUGAAUUAUUUGCUUCAUUUACAUGUUUCAAGCAUUAUAAUUUAUUAAUAAUAAAAGCUGCGAGAUCAUUA